AUGCUUUCCUCUUUCUUCCCUGCAGACCCACAGGUGACUCUGGUGACCGAGAUGGCAUCCUCUCUAAAGGUCCUAGGCCCUCUCUUGACCCUGCUAUUUCCCCUAGGUGGGCUGCUUGUACACAGCCAGAACCUUUCCUGGAAGGAAUUCAUGAAACAGCAGUACCUGAGCACGAGCUGGAAAUUCAGCGACUACAAAUGCAAUGUUCUCGUGAGGGAAAGAGAAGGUCCACAAGACAGGAACUAUCACAUCUUCAUCUAUACCUUUUGGCACAAAAUCGAGCAUAUUUGCCUCAGGAAGUGGAGAGACCGUUACAGAAAUGUAUACAUAUGGGCCCAGCAUCCCUUCAAAAUACUCCAGUGCUACCAGGAGGGCAGCCAAAAGAGCUACAGAGAGCACAGGGGGUAUAGCCACAUUGAAUUCCACUGUGGCAUGAAUAGGCAUGUUGAUGGCAUAGAGGACAUCCAGUUGUUAGACAUCAAAAAAUAG